GUCGUCUAGGCUUUCCCUCUCCCUUCGCCUGCAAAAGCGUCUUAUCCCGCCAAUUGUCUCAUUCAUGAGCGCCUACCAUAGGAUGAACGUCCUGCACCCGAGCCCCGACCGCGACUACAUACCCAUCUCUGACCAUGCUCUAAUUGGGAACUUGAGGACCGCGGCGCUCAUCAGCAUCGACGGCUCUGUCGAAAGCUAUUGCGUGCCCAACUUCGACUCCCCCUCCAUUUUCGCGCGCAUUGUGGAUAAGGACAAGGGCGGGCACUUCUCGAUCACACCCACUGUACCAUUCACGACGAAGCAGAACUACCUGCCGAGCUCGAAUGUAUUGCAGACCAAGUUCAUGAACGAACACGGUGUCGCGAGCGUCACGGACUUCCUUCCCCGUGUACCGACUACGGAGUCCGGAUCGAAGAAACCGCUCCUCCCAUGGCUCAUUCGGCGUGUCGAGGUCAUCCGUGGUCAAAUGCCCAUGACCAUGCAAUGCGCCCCGGCUUUCAACUACGCGCGCUCGAAGCACACUAUGGAAAUCAUCGAGGACGACUCGAGCCCAUACGCCUUCGUUUCCUCGCGCUUCCGCCACAUGAAGGCGAUGUUCAAGUCCGAGGACGGCAUGAACCUUGAUCUGCGUUAUGUCGUGGAGAGUACGAUGGAGGCCGUCAAUCCUCCGGUCAUCCGCCUGGAGUCGCUCGACCUCACUACGAAGGGCCAUAAGGGCCUUGCGGCGUCUGCGGACCUCAACCUCGACGCUGGGCAGUGCGUCACGUUCGUGUUGCGCUCGCCACCCAGCGAGUACCCGGCGUUCUUCUACUCCCAGACCCCUAUGCAAAGCCGCGCCCCGUCACCCUCCCUACUCUCCAAAGCUGCGAAAGACGCCAAGAUCCAGAUCGACGGCGACGUCCCGGAGAACACCCAGAACAGCAUCAGCGCCCAGUCAUCUGCCGACAUAGCCACACCGCCGGCCCUGGUCCCCGUCUCCUCCUUGGGUCACGGACGAACGCGACCCGUGGAUGACCCUUACCUAACCGCGGAGCUCAUUGCGGCGCUGUUGAAGGCAACCAACAAAUACUGGAACGACUGGGUGCGCAAGUCCAAGUACGACGGGUUGUGGAAGGAGGCAGUGCACCGGAGCGCGCUCGCGCUGAAGCUGCUGAUUUUCGAGCCGACGGGCGCGGUCAUCGCGAGCCCGACGUUCUCGUUGCCGGAGUACAUCGGUGGUACGCGGAACUGGGAUUACCGCUUCUCGUGGAUUCGUGAUUCGUCCUUCAUCCUCUACGCGCUCAUCCGGUUGGGCUACACCCAUGAGGCCAACGCUUACAUGGAGUUCAUCUUUGAGCGCCUUCGCGACAAGAACCCAGACGGCAGCAUCCAAAUCAUGUACACCAUCCACGGUUCAAAGGAUCUCGAGGAGGAAGAGCUCAACCACCUUGACGGUCACAAGGGCUCGAAGCCUGUACGCAUUGGCAACGGCGCGGCUGACCACGUCCAGUUGGAUAUCUAUGGCGAGCUGAUGGACUGUAUCUACCUGGGUCAGAAGUUCGGGAAGCCAUUGUCAUACGAUGACUGGGUGCUUGUUCGCGAUCUGGUGGACUACGUCGUGUCAAUAUGGCAACAGCCUGACUUGUCGAUCUGGGAAGUCCGGAAUCAGAAGCGGAACUUCACGUAUUCCAAGAUCAUGCUAUGGGUUGCCAUCGACCGAGGAAUUCGCCUCGCCGAAAAGCGCUCCUUCCCCUGCCCGCAGCGCGAGAAGUGGUACGCGGCGCGGGACGCGAUCUACGAGGAGAUUAUGCAGAAGGCGUGGAACACGGACCUCAAGGCGUUCGGGCAGAGCUACGAGAAGAACGAUGUGAUGGACUCGGCGGUGCUGAUCAUGCCGCUGGUGUUCUUCCUGCAUGGUUCGGACCCGCGCUUCCUCAGCACGCUCAAGCAAAUCUUGAAGACGCCGGAGAGGGGUGGCUUGACGUCGAAUAACCUUGUUUACCGGUACGACGUCAAGAAGGCGGACGAUGGUGUCGGUGGCGAGGAAGGCACUUUCUGCUUGUGCACGCUUUGGUGUGUCGAAGCGCUCGCUCGUGCAGGCGAGUACGACAAGGCGAUGCUAAGGAAGGCCGUCAGCAUGUUCGAGGACUUCCUGCUCUACCUUAACCACGUCGGCUUGUGCACGGAAGAGAUCUCGGAGGCCGGCGAGGGCCUCGGCAACGCUGUGCAGGGCUUCACACACGUCACUCUCAUCUCGGCGGCGUAUAACCUGUCGCGCAACCUCCAACGCUUGAGCGAUUGAGCUCGGUCUUGAAGCGCGCGCAUGGACGCUAAUGGCAAGGGACGAAAGUAGAAGUAGAAUAAUUCUCGUAGACGUAGACGAUCUUGUAUAAAUACAGCAAGCUUACCUUCUAACGUGUCCCGUU